GAAGAAGAAGAGGAAGAAGAGGUUGAUGCUCUUCUGCUCUUAAUUUAAAUAUGUUCUAACACCACCGAUCACUCUAAGUGCUAGUACCAUUUGCAGCAUCUCUUUAACAACAAAUGUUUUUCUAGUUUAGGCAGCAAAUGCAGCCUGAGAGAGACCAGUUAGCCUCCGUGCUAACUCAGAAGCUAACUCUCCUUGGAUAAACAGCAAAGAGUUUCCUUUUUAGAAAAAAGUGCGAAUAGGACCUGACACACAAAAUAAUGGACAUUUAUUGGACCCUGAACUGUUUCGAGUCUUUAAAUAGAAAAGCGAGUUUGGCCGGUAAGAGAAUCGUUUUGAAGAGGGGAACAGUAGCUAGCCAGCAGUUGCGCUGACUGGCUGCAGCAACACGUCAGCGUAUCCGCCAUAUUGGAAGAGGACACAGCGGCCAGUAACCUGGCUGAAAUGUACCAGCUGCUGUUUUUACCGGAAUAAAAACGUUUUGGGCUUUUAAAAUUUUCAAGAACAUGUGUUUUUGCAUUCCGGUUUAGUAUGUCUAUGUGAUGUAAGUCAUUUUUAGUAGACGCAACCAGUUUCCUUUCAGAGGACAACAUAGAAGGGGCUCCACACAGAGAAUAUUGGAUGUUUGUUGAACCAUGUAUGACUAACUAGCUAACAUAAAUAUAGAAGAAGGUCUUCUGCAGCAUCAUGUCUGUUACUACUUGGGAAGUUCUGGCUGAUAAUUUUCUCGUAACUAAGGAGAGGUCCUCCAUUCUUGAUCAAAAGACAUCAACCGAAUUGGAAAUAAAGAAAGAACUGGAGAAACCAGAACCACUGACUGAGAAAAAACAAGAACCAGAAUCUCAACCAAUUAAAGAAGAACAGGUUGAACUGUGGAUUUUUCAAAAUGAAAGGCAGCUUGUAGUGAAGCAGGAGACCAACACCUUUAUGGGUACUUCGGCUUAUGUGGAAAUAUUCAACAAUGGACCAGAACUGCAGCAAAUGACAGGUAUAAAGGAGGAACCAGAGCCUGUACAGAUUAAAGAAGAACAGGAGGAAUUAGAACCUGGUCAGAUGAAAGAGGAACUCUGCAGUAAUCAGGAUGAAGAACAUCUUGUUGCGAAGCAGGAGAUGAACGGCUUUGUGAUGAUUCCUACUUGUGAGCAAAAAGACAACAGUGAACCAGAAUCAAACAAGACCCAGUUCCUCUCUGCAAACAGCCUUGAAGCUGACAACCAACAUCAGCAUGGAAGCAAUCAGAAAGACUCAGGAUUAAGUAGAGAAAAAGAUCUGAGGCCAAAAAAAGAGGUCUCAAAGAAACUCAUCAGAGGUCAUAAACAUCGUGUAAAUGAUUCAAAACUAGAAAAGCAGGAAAAAAUGUUGCCCUCUUGUGAAGUAUGCGGUAAAUGUUUUACUCAGCGCCGGUACUUGACUGCUCACAGGAGAAUUCAUACAGGUGAGAAACCGUAUGCUUGUGAGUUAUGUGAUAAAUCUUUCAGGCAGGGCAGUGAUUUGACUCGUCACAUCAGAACUCACACAGGUGAGAAGCCAUUUUCUUGUAAAAUUUGUUGUACAUCUUUUAAUGACAGUAGUCAUUUAACUGUACACAUGAGAACCCACACAGGUGAAAGGCCGUAUCCUUGUAAGGUGUGUUGUAAAUCUUUCAGUAAAAACUGUCAGUUGACUAUUCACAUGAGAACUCACACAGGUGAGAAGCCUUAUUCUUGUAAAAUCUGCAGUAAAUCUUUCAGUAAUGGUAGUCAUUUGACUAAUCACACAAAAACCCACACAGGUGAGAAGCCGUUCUUGUGUCUAACUUGUGAAAAAGCUUUUGCCAGACAGUCUGACUUAACUGUGCACAUUAGAACCCACACAGGAGAUAAGCCGUUCCUUUGCCUGGUUUGUGGUAAAGGUUUUGUCCAGAAAACUACCCUGAGUUAUCACAUGAGAACUCACACAGGUGAGAAACCCUUUCCAUGUGACCUGUGUGAUAAAUCUUUCAUACAAAGCAGUGAUCUGUCUCGUCACCUUAGAACCCACACAGGUGAGAAGCCGUUCUCUUGUGAGUUAUGUGAUAAAUCUUUUAAACAGAGUAGUGAUCUGGCGAAUCAUGUAAUAACUCACACGGAUGACAAGCCGUUCUCAUGUGUAACUUGUGGAAGAAGUUUUAACAAACAAUACAACCUGACUGUCCACACGAGAACUCACACGGGUGAAAAGCCGUAUCCUUGCGAAUCAUGUGAUAAAUCUUUCAGGAGGAGUAGUGAUUUGGCCCGUCACAUCAGUACCCACACAGGUCAGACACUGCAUCCAUGUAAAUUUUGUCUUAAAUCUUUUAGUGACAUUAGCCAUUUGACCAUUCACCUAAGAACCCACACAGGUGAGACGCCCUAUUCUUGUAAAGUGUGCAGUAAAUCUUGUAGUGACAGUAGUCAUUUGGCUAAACACAUUAGAUCUCACACCAUAAAAAGGCCCUUUUCUUGUCUUACUUGUGGAAAAGGUUUUCCCAGGCAGGCUGACUUGACUGUGCACAUGAGAACUCACACAGGUGAGAAGCCUUUCCAAUGCCUGGCCUGUGGUAAAGGUUUCAUCCAGAAAACUACUUUGACCUAUCACAUGAGAACUCACACAGGUGAGAAGCCUUUUCCUUGCAAGUUGUGUGAUAAAACGUUCAUGCAGAGUAGUGAUUUGGCUCGUCAUCUCAGAAUCCACUCAGGUGAGAAACCGUAUCCGUGUACAUUGUGUAAUAAAUCUUUUCGGCAGAGUAACGAUUUGGCUCGCCACAUAAAGACUCACACUGGUCAGAAGCCGUAUUCCUGUGAGGUGUGUGCUAAAUCUUUUAGUGUUAGAUGUCAUUUGACUUACCACAUGAGGUCACACUCCGGUGAGAAGCCGUAUCCCUGUGAAUUAUGUAAUAAAUCUUGUAAUGAUUUGGCUCGUCACACAAUGACCCACAAUGAAAAGAGGAUUUCUCAUGUGUGACCUGUGGAAAAGGUUACAGCAACCAAUCUAACUUGACUGUUCACAUGAGAACUCACACUGCUGGGAAAGUGAAUUGUUUGGGCAGUUAUUCACUGUCAGAAAAAAUGUACAAUUAAUCCCUUUUGUCCAGUUAUGGGUAAAAAGAAGGGGGUAGGAACCAGUGCUGCACCAAAAUUAUGCCACAAAUUCCAGAUGGCGCAAGAAUUGCAACAACUGACAGAGAAAAUAAUAUAAAUCAGUUACAAAUUCAGGAACUUAUCAUUUAACUAAGAAACCUAAAAUGUUGACAUUUUUGGUGAUUUGUGUUAUUCGUGGUCAGUGUGAAAUACAGGUCCUUCUCAAAAUAUUAGCAUAUUGUGAUAAAGUUCAUUAUUUUCCAUAAUGUCAUGAUGAAAAUGUAACAUUCAUAUAU